UACUUAAAAUACCUCAUUAAACUGAUCCGGCCACACCGCCACGACAAAAACAAGAGGUUCCAGCAAUCGCAACUAAAAACUAAAAUAUGAUUGAAAUAACGUGCAACGAUCGCCUGGGCAAAAAGGUGCGUGUCAAGUGCAACCCAGACGACACCAUUGGAGACCUCAAGAAACUCAUUGCGGCACAAACGGGCACAAAGCACGAGAAGAUAGUCCUGAAAAAGUGGUACACGAUCUACAAGGAUCCCAUUCGCCUAUCCGACUAUGAAAUCCACGAUGGCAUGAAUCUGGAACUGUACUACCAGUGAAUAUUCGCGGGAAAUGCAUCCUACAUCUUGAUUGUAUCUUUUUUUAUAGCUAUUAUAUGAUAAAUUAAACAAUUUUGCAUAA